AUGGAAUCGUUCAAUAAUGGAGUGCAAAUAAGUAUUUCAAAUCGAGUUUCAGGCGAGAGUAGAAUUAAUGAUUUACAGAAUCGAUUACAGAGCUAUCAAAUUCGUAAUGCUUCGUACGAGGAAAUUUUAUAUUCGAAUUGGCCUUUUAAAAUACCACAACAAUAUGAUCAACAAUAUUUACAUGAAUGGACCGAGCCAAUUAAGGUGAAUGUAUCAAAUCCUUCUGAUCGUGGUGAAGGUGGAAGUGCAUUUUAUCCAAGACAUGACGAAAAAGAAUUAAUGAAAAAGCUUCGUAAGGAGCAUAAUUAUAAUGCAUUUGCAUCUGAGAAAAUUUCGAUGCGACGCUCCUUGCCCGACUAUCGUUUUCCUGAGUGUCGAAGUUUAAUUUAUCCAAACAAAUUACCAACAGCAACUGUGAUAAUUGUUGUGCACAAUGAGAUAUGGGCCACACUGUUACGCACAGUUUGGAGUAUCAUUGAUCGUUCGCCGCGUGAACUUAUUGAUGAAAUAAUUAUAGUGGAUGAUGCUAGCACUUGGACACAUCUUAAACAGCCUCUUGACGAUUAUGUUAAAACACUUCCGGCCAAUAUUAAGAUUAUGCGCACAGAAAAACGAGAAGGAUUGAUAAGAGCUCGACUGAAGGGUGCAAAUGUGGCCAAAGGAAAUAUUUUGAUAUUUCUUGACGCUCACAUCGAAUGUACAGAUGGAUGGUUACCUCCAAUACUCUCUCGAAUCGCUUGGAAUCGGUCAGUAGUAGCAGUACCUCUUAUAGAUGAUAUUGGAGUUGAAGAUAUGAAAUACACAGCAUUGGCGGUUGACAUGAAUGGUCUUCAUUGGUCUUUGAUUUUCGAUUGGUCUCCACUUCCACAAAGGGAAAUUAUUCGAACGAAAUAUGAUAGAACUGCUCCAAUACGAACACCAACCCACAUUGGAUGUGCCUUUGCCAUGGAUCGUGAAUUCUUUUUCGAAAUUGGUUCAUACGACGAAGGAAUGGACAUCUGGGGUACAGAAAACCUAGAAUUGGCAGUGAGAACUUGGAUGUGCGGUGGAUCACUGGAGAUAUUGCCUUGUUCUAGAGUGGCACAUUUAUUUCGAUCGUCAACUUAUUCAUUUGAUGGAAAUGAAAAUGAAAUAAAAGUUCGAAAUAACAACCGUUUCAUUCAAGUGUGGAUGGACGACUUCAAAGAUCAUAUUUAUGCUGCGUACCCAUCAUGGAAGCGUAUUCCAGCAGGUGAUUUGACAGAGCGAAUAAAUCUGAGAAAACAACUACGAUGUAAAAGUUUUCGAUGGUAUCUUGAGAACAUUUAUCCAGAGAGUGUAUGGUUAAAAAUGUUCAUUGCGAUGGGAAGUAUAAGAAAUGGAUUGGACAAUAAAUGUUUAGAUGCAUACACAAUGAAAAUAUCACAAGCACUUAUACCGUAUACAUGCCAUGGUGAUGGUGGCGCUCAAUUUUUCGCAUUCACUGUUCAUGGCCAAAUCAUAACAUACAGAGAGUCAUGUGUUGGUGUUUAUAGAAAAUCCGUUGUUUUAGUUUCGUGCAAUGAAGACGAUAAAUAUCAACUAUGGAACUAUGACAAAGAGGAACAGUGGUUAGUGCAUCGAGAAAGUGGAUUGUGUAUGAAAAAAACUCAAACUGAAAUUGUGCUCAAUACUUGUUAUCAAUCUGACAUUCACAUGAAGUGGGAAUUUAAAUCAAAUUCAUGAGAAAAUGUAUGAAAUUAAGAGUGAUAAUUUACCACCGAUCAUCGAUUACUUUAUGGCGUCAAUAACCUUGAAAAAAUAAAUGAUAUACAACAUCUUUUGGUAUCGCAUAUAGCAACACCACGGCCCAAAAAGUGAUUUCAUUUUUUCAAAAAUUGUGGAUUCGUAAUUAAAAUUUUAAUUUUUUUGUAUACAGUUUGAUUUGCU